UUUUGUUAUAAUGGAGGUGAUGAACGCAACCCUAAACUACACGGGCGAGUACAUGCCCGAAGACACGGUAAUGGUGCGCGUCAAUCUCACCAUCUUGUUCGUAUGUUCGAUCUUCUCGCUGGUGGCCAACGGCCUAAUAGCCCUCAUCAUCUCCAACUUCCGGAGGCUGCGCAAAAAGAAAUCCAACGUGAUCAUCCUCAAUUGGGCGAUCGUGGACGCGUUGUUUCUGAUCAUCGAGCCCAGCACUUUGCGAUUGGGGUUGGAUCUGAACGAUACGGGGGUGCCGGAGGAGCUGUUUUGUAUUAUCGAGGAAAUUGAAAACGGGUUGAUGCUUCUCAUUCUGUUCUUUGUCACUUUGUUGACCUUUUAUUGGUACUAUCAGAAGUACAACCAGGCAAAAUUGGAGAGCUUGGAGAAAAACCUGACCAAGUUGAUUCUGGGGCUGUACGUCGGAACGGCCUUGAUAUGCGUCUUGUUCAUGGAAAGUUGCGUUUCGAAGAGAAUUAUGGCGGGCAUUUCUGGUGCCUCUUUGUUUCUAAUCAUACUGGGUUUUAUUGUUUUCAUGCUGGUUGUCAACACCAUUCACGAGAUCAAAAAACGGAUUUACCCACAAGUCCAAUCAGGAAUCAACGUUAACUAUGUUUUAACCAAUGUUUUUCUAUUAUCCAACGUACCUCUGUUGAUCUCUGUGGUAGUUAUAGUAGUGUUCGAAUCGUCCGACAUUCUUGUAUUCAUAUUCGAGCUGGUGAGCACCUGCAAUUCGAUUUACAAUUUUAUCGUCCUGUAUAAAAUGGACGGAGACUUUAAUUUGUUUGCCAAGCAUGUGCUGAAAUGCAAGACCGACGAUUACCCGGAGGAAUUCGAACCGGAAAUGGAUAAUGUCAGAACUAGAUACUGACUGGGAUUAUUCCGCUCCUGUGGGAGUCUUUGAGUGUGGAUUUAAUCCUUUGCAAUGACUGAUAUAGUAGUAUUAUUUUGUUUUGUGAUCUGGUUUGAUUUUAGUAUUAAUGUGAAAGUAUUGUACAAAACUUUUAGUGAAAUAGUGUUUAUAAACAGUAUGUAAGUUACCCUGUUUUGUGAUAUUUAGGAUUAUCAAAGGCUGUUCCUAAAUUUAAGAGUUUAUUACUCAGUAUUACAGUUUAAAACUGUAGGAAAGAAAUUUAAAUUAAUUUAAGUAUUGUAAAUAAUAUAUAAUAAAAUAGUAUUUACUACAUAAGAACACUUAGUACUUUUCCCCUUAGAUUUCCAUAAUUAAUACCAAAGUAUUUUUACUUAUUGUACUAUUUUUAAGGCUUGUAAUAACUGGUAAUGAAUGAACCCAUAACAUUUAAAAACAGCAGAAAUUUGUUUAUGUAUUUAUGAGAUGAGAUGUUAAUAUAAUAAAGUAAUGAGAAUAAUUUUCUCGUUUAAUUUUAAAUACUUCG